GGGGGGGGCUGGGCCACCGCCGGGUUAAAGGCGGCUCCUUGCCUGGCCGCUGCUCCAGCCUCCGCUCCCUCGCUCCGCUGUGAUGGCCUCGUCGCCACUCCUUCCGUUCCUGCCUUUCCUGCUGCUGCUGCUGCUGCCGCCGGAGGUCCCCGCGGCGGCGCGGGCGUCCCCGCUGGAAACCCUCCCCGAGGGGGCGGCCGCCUGCGAGGCUGGGGACCUGUGCCCCAGGAAGUCACAAGCCCCGCCUGUCAACGUGAGCGUCUACUACGAGACGCUGUGCCCCGGCUGCCGGGCCUUCCUGGUCCGAGAACUCUUCCCGACCUGGCUGAUGGUCCUAGAGAUCCUCAAUGUCACACUGGUGCCCUAUGGAAAUGCCCAGGAACAAAAUGUCAGCAGCAGGUGGGAGUUCACAUGCCAGCACGGUGAGCAGGAAUGCAAGCUGAACAAGGUGGAGGCCUGCCUGUGGGACCAGCUAGAGAAGAACUUGGCCAUCCUGACCAUUGUCUGCAUGGAGGAAAUGGAUGACAUGGAGAAAAAUCUGAAACCGGUACAAGCUUGGCCCUGCGGGUACUGGAGGAGGAACCAUUGGGGAGAUAACACAGAGGAAGCUGAGGCAAUGCUCCCGCUCAACCAGCAACCCUUGUCCACCCUCAGUGCCUGCAGAUCUAUGCACCAGAUGUGUCCCCGGACACCAUCAUGGCGUGUGCAAUGGGGGACCGUGGCAUGCAGCUCUUGCACGUCAAUGCCCAGCUUACAGAUGCCCUGCAGCCACCCCACGAGUAUGUGCCCUGGGUCGUCGUCAAUGGGAAACCCCUGAAAGAUCCGAGUCAGCUCCUGAGCCUCGUCUGCCACUUGUACCAGGGUGAGAAGCCAGACGUCUGCCAACCCGUGGCCAGCUCCCAGAGGAAAGUCUCCUUCAAGUGACAGCUGGUGCCCGAGAAGGAGCUACUGGAGGAAGAGCAAGAGGGCACCUGUCCCUGUCUUUCCUGAUCCCUGACUCUCAGCAGCUGCUUGCCAUCAUCCAGAUAACUUCUGCACAUUCCAUGAAAGCCCAGACUCAGAAUCCGGCCCCCAGAUCAAGCAUCUCGCCCCACUGAGAAUGGUGCUACAUUGAAUGAGUUUAAUAAACACUUCUUCUGGA